AUGUCGCACGCGUCGAGGUUCCCGGGUGAUGGUGAUUUGUGUAUCGUGAAUUCGCAGGACGGCAUAUGGCCGGUGCAGGCACGGCUCACCCCGCGUCCCGUCCGCUCCCUCCUCCCUGCAACCGUGCUCAAGAAAACAACAUCGUUUUCGCGCCCUCACGCGCUCGCGCGAUCUCGCCCGCUGCUGACAUUUCCGCCCGUUCCAUCGAUAUCCCAGGUGUGCAUGCGCUCCAUGCAUUUGCAUAGCAAGGAAAAUCACGCACGACCCGGCGAGGCGUUCUUCCGAUACCUCGGAUACUCCGACCCGUACCACUACGUCGGUGCCGAGGAGCCAUGCGAGCUCAGGGACAUCGGCGCGGACUGGCGCGCUUACGAUUGGCGCGGUCAGCUGGAGGAGAUGAGAGGAACGAGCACGAGCGAGGACCAGAUCAACGCGUUCGUUGAGGCGGAGAAGAUAUCGCGCAUGGACGAUGUCGAGAUACGCACAAACUUCGACAGGUGGGAGCGCGAACGCGAAAUAUCCUCCGCCUGGCAGCGAACCGCCUCUCCCAAGGCGCCCCCCGCGAAGAAGCGGAAGACCGCCGCCGAGCCGGCGAGAGACAAGAAAGGGAAGACCAAGGCGUCGACGCAGUCCCACGCGCCAGCGCCGUGGACCGACGACAAGAUCGCGGCGCUUCAGAGUGCGGUGCGGAAGCACCGUUUCAAGGAUGAGCACGGGAAAUGGCGGGGGUGGACCGAGAUGACGCAGGACCCGGAGCUAUCGGCGGCGCUCGAUCCGACCCAACGAAACCCGGAGAAGCUGCGCAAGAUGGUCGCGAGGCACCCCGAGCUCUUCCCGCCGAACGCCGCCGCCGCCGACGGCGGCGGUGGCGAACGCGCGAAGAAGGGCGCGAAGAAGGGCGCGAAGAAGGGCGCGAAGCGGGAAGAGGCCAAAGUCGGAACGGAUGUCGACCUGCCCGAGACGCUGACGUCCUGGUGCGCGGGGAGGACCCCUAGGGUCGUGGUGGUCGGCGCCGGUCCCGCGGGUCUCAGCUCCGCGCGGGCGCUGAUCAAGAUGGGCAUCGAGGUGACCGUGCUGGAGGGGCGAGAUCGGAUCGGCGGGAGGGUGCACACCGCCUCGUUGCCCGCGCGGCCCGAGCACAACCUCCCCGAGACUAAGCUGGACCUCGGCGCGUCCUUCGUGCACGGGUGCCACAAGUACAACCCGGUGUACGUCAUGGCCAAGCAAAAGGGCGCCGCGCUGGACCCCGGCGAGGGCGGCUACUCGCAGGGAUGGGGCGGCAACGCGAACUGGUACGACACCACGCACGGGGGCAAGGUGAAACCCAAGUGCGUGCAGAAAGGUUUCCAGGCGCUCUACGCGGUCAACGCCGCGCUUCCGUCGGUUCAAGUGCCGAAAACGGAGGACGAGGCGCGGCGGUGGAUCGCGGACGAGUACGCCGACGGCGACGACGCGUCCCUCGCCCUGCGCGCCGCCCGCGCGGGGCUGUCGCAACUCGAGUACCUCAAACGGGAGAACGGGCUCACGGCGCUCAGGGCGACGGCGGCGCGGGAAGGGGCGCCGCCGCCCGCGGAGCCCCGCGACGACGUCGCGCGCGAGAAAUGGGAGGGCGAGCACGAGUGGGGAUCUCUUGACGCGCAGACGGUGGGCGAGGUCCGCUGGGCGACGGCGGAUAUCGAGCGCGAUCGGGUGAAGUUUCUGUCGGCGAAGAGCGCGGACAGGCGGGACUGCUCCAUCGCCGCGGCGACUUCGAGGAUUUACAACUCGAUGUUCAAGGGGAAACUCAACACCACCGAGGAGGCGGUGUACGAGUCCGCGCGCGUGCUUCAGUGGGGAUACAACGCGGGGUUACGCGCCGUGUCCGUGAAGGCCAAGUUGGCGAUCGAGGAGGAUAUCCAGGCUUCCAAGGAGCAGCUGAAGCAGCCGAGCAAGGCGGACGACGCCGAGGCUGCGGAGCGCGCGGCCAAGGAGGCUGCGGAUGCGGAGGCGGCCGAGAAGGAGAAAGCCAAGAAGGAGAAGGCCAAGGCUGCCGCGGCGGCCAGGAAGGAGAAGGCCAAUAAGGAGAAGGCCAAGAAGGAGAAGGCCGAUGAUUGCAAGUCGGGUGGCCACGACGACGGCUUUGGGCCUCCGUCCGACCUCAAGGGGGGGUUUGAGAAGACGCCCGAGGAAAUCGUGGCGACCGCGCCGGAGGGGCCGAUGGGGAACGGCAACAGGCACUUCACCGGUCCGGUGUGGGUGAGAGCGAUCAAACGCACCCACGGUCCGAAGCACUUUGACGCGUAUUUCUCCCUGUGGCGCAAGGUCAACUCCAAGAAGUACGAGAGGCUCGAGUUCGAAAACUGCGGUACAACGGGCGAACACGCGCCCGGCAAGAACCAGAAGGAACUCCGGUCGAAGGUUGCGGUGCGAAGAUUCCUCGAGCGGUUCGAGGCUACCCGGAGAAAAGAUCGCGCCAAGGCCAAAGCGAAGGCGGCGACAGAGAAGCACUCCAAGGCGAAGCCCGAGCCCGCCGCCGCCGCGCCGCGAACCCCCUCGCCCGCCGCGGGUGCGCCCGAGAAGGAGCCCGACGAAAAACGGUCCAAAAACGGUCCAAAAACGGGUGUCGAGGAGAUCGAAUCGGAUGACGAGGACCUGGAUCUUCGCGACGGUCUCGUCGUCGGCGGGUACCACGACCUGGUCGUGGCCACCGCCGCGCAGGAUAUCCCGCAGGCGUGCAUUCGCCUCUCCACCCCCGCCGCGUCCGUCGUCGUUCGCGACGGUACCGGCGAGUGGGACGCGAACGGGGAAUACCGGUGCGUCGUGACGAGCGCGACCGGGGAGGAGUUUUUGUGCGACUACGUCGUCGUCGCGUUGCCCCUCGGCGUGCUGCAGGGUCGCGCGCGACGCAGCGAGGUGACGUUCGUUCCCCCCCUGUCGCCGCGGAAACGAUCCGCGAUCGCCGCUCUGGGCAUGGGCACCGAGAACAAGGUUGUCCUCCGGUUCGAGAGCUGCUUCUGGCCCGCCAAGGCCCGGUUCCUGAACUGCACCGACCAGAGGUACCGAUUCAUCAACAUGCACGCGUACGGCAAGCCCAACGUCAUCGUCGCGCACGUCGCGCCCCCGUUCGGCGAGGGCUUCGCCGGCCGCUCCGAUACGCAGGUCAAGGACGACGUCAUCGAGAUCCUUCGCAAGAUGAUGAAGCUGGUGAAUAAGCCGACGCCGGCGUUGCUGGACUGGCACGUGACGCGGUGGGCGGAGGACCCGUGGUCGUGCGGCGCGUACUCGUACAUGCGCGUAGGUUCCGACGAGGACGACGUGAGGGCGCUGGGCGAACCCGAACACGGCGGCAAGGUUUACUUCGCGGGCGAGGCGUGCUCGCUGGAGGGGGCGCAGUGCGUCCACGGCGCCGUGCUCACCGGUCAACUCGCGGCGGUGAGCGUGGCGAUGCGAACGGGCGCGACGCCGACGAUGGGGCACCUCCUCGGCGGCGACGUCGGCUUGUCGCACGAGCUCCCGAUCUUUGAGUGGGUGCAGUGCAAGGAGCGCGGGUGCGCCAAGUGGCGGCGUUUGCCCGCGUGGGUCGACCCCGAGGCGUUGCCGGACGAUUGGUGCUGCCACCGUUGCGACUGGCACGCCGGGAUCGCGCGGGACGGGUGCGGCGCGCCCCAGGAGCCCGCGGGUCCCAACGACGACUUUGGCGAUCUCAAGUGGGAGGGCUGGAGCGAGGAACCGGCGGCGAAGCUGGACCGAACGCUCAAGUGGAACGCGUGGGUUCGAAGGAACGAGCGGCAGACGUGCGACGACGACGACGACGACGACGCGGAGGAGGAGGAGGAGGAUAAGAAGCCGCGGGCGCGGCGCUCGAGGAGCCCCGGCGAGAGGGUCAAAGUCGUGAUGUCUACUUUAAGACAUCAUACCGUCGCGCCGAUUGAGCCCAAGGUGGAGACCGACCGGAACGUCGCGCGGCCCCUCACCCUCGCCGCCGUGGAGGCCCGCGAGUGGCCGCCCGUAGGAGGCCCGUGGAGGGAAGACGCGGGUUGGCAGCCGCCGAUCUCCUCGCGAUCGAGCGCCGCCGCGUCCAAUCCAGCGGCGGCGGCGCUCUCCGCGACGCCCCUCUUUUCGCAAUCGUCGCGGGGCUCAUCUCUGGGGCGCUCCUCGACGGAAAUCCUGUUCGAACGCGAUCGAAGAGCGCCGCUUCACGCGCCCCUCUUCCCGCCGCUCUUCCCGCCGGCGCACAUAUCCGCCUUCUCGCCCCUCGCCGCGACUGCGACCUCACACGCGAUGGCCACCCAUCGCGCGGCGCAGUCGUACGAACGGGAGGCGGACCUGGCCAAUCACCUGUGGAUGUCGGGCGGCGGCACAGCUGGCGGCGCGAGGUUGGCGCCUCGGGUGGGAAAGCCGCCGCCGCCGACGUCGACGCCCCCGAUGCCCCCGGCGGCGCGGGAGCGGGAGACGGACCCGCUGCUGCAGCGGGUGUUGGCGACGCAACGGGCGUUCCCGUGGCCGACGAGGACGACGGCGCCGGAUGUCGACGACGAGCCCAUUCAGCUGGGACUGUCUGGGUGA